AUGUCGAAACAACUAUCCGUCAUCCUCGGCACAACCCUAACACUCAUCGGCCAAUUCCAAACGGCUCUCACCACACCCCCAACUGCCGCAACCGAAGCCGCAAAAGAUGCCGAAGCCUUGCCCCUCCUAACGGUCUCGUCGAGCGCGCUCAAAGCACAAAUCACGAAACUCUCUUUGCUAGCCGUUACCUCGCCCUUUACGCAUUCCGCUGUCGGAGCUGUGCUCCGCGAGCUCAAUGAAUCCGUCCUACCGUCGCUCGUGACCGCUUCUCUUCUCGUUACACCGGGUCAAUACACCAAGGCAUUUCACUCUGAGGUCCUGGCUCUUGUCAAGACAACUUUGACGGAGCUUUCGGUGCUGAUUCAGGAGGUCAAGCGCGUCGGAGAGAAGAAAGAUCAGGAGAAGAAGGAUACAGGGAAGGAGAGCGAUGUGACGAAAUCUGAGAAGGAUGCUGUGAUGCUUGCUACGGGCCGUGCCUGGGAUGCGUGUGACGCUACGACAGAUGUUGCGAAUAAGGGGGUCGUUGGGUUUGUCAUGCGUCGCGUCGAGCAGUGGAGGGAUCUUGUUCGCGACGCGGUUGAGGAAAUCGAGGAUUGGGACCCUGAAGAAGAGGAUGAUGGUUUCUUGGAUGAUCUUAUGGGUGAUGAGGGAAAGAGUGCUGGGGAUGAUGAUGAUGGGGACAGUGACGAGGAUAACGAGGAAGAGGUGGCUGCCCUUCAGGAACAGAAGAAAUCUACUCUUCGUUUCCUCAAGCCUAUUGCUCAGGUCUACCCGGCUGUCAUCAACAAUAGGCUGAAGAAUGCUGGAAAUGUGCCGUUGGCUUCGUCAUCUGGUGUCAAAAGACUGGAGUCAUUGAUGUUGAAUCUGCAAGCAAUCCCGGACGAUGUCGAUGAGGCAGCUGGCGCGUUGUACGAGGCCAAUUUUGAAAGCUCUGCUGAGUAUCUGCGGAAGACGAAGAAGUGUGCCACACAAGCGGUGGAAUUGGUCGCGUUACCCUGGGAUGCUGCAAAGACCAAGGACGACGCACCUACAGACAAGUUCGCUACAUGGUCGAAGACGUGGCUCAAGGUGAUUGACGAGGUCAGCAAGCCAAUUGAGAAAAACUGA